AUGACAAAGAAGAGAAAGCUCGAAUCACAACCCGGCGACGCUUCCGAACCUUCCCAGAAUCAAAUUGGAAUCAACAAUCAGGUCAACCAAGAAGCUAAAUUCGAGGAAGAUCACAACGAGCCAAUUCAAGAUCUAUUGGAACCGUUUUCUAAAGAACAACUUCUAGAACUCCUCAAAUCAGCUGCUAAUAACCACCCCGACAUCGCGAAUCGAAUCCGCGAAGUAGCCGAAGAAGACCCAUCUCACCGGAAAAUCUUCAUCCACGGUCUCGGAUGGGACACCAAAACCGAAACCCUAAUCGAGGCUUUCAAUGAAUACGGAGAGAUCGAAGAUUGCAAAGCCGUGUUCGACAAAAUCUCGGGAAAAUCUAAAGGCUACGGCUUUAUACUGUUUAAGUCAAGAUCAGGUGCUCGCAACGCGCUUAAGCAGCCUCAGAAGAAGAUUGGGAGUCGUGUGGCUUCGUGUCAGUUAGCUUGUAAAGGACCUGUCUUUGGUGGGAACGCGGUUGUUCCUGGUACGGAGCAUACUCAGAGGAAGAUUUAUGUUAGUAAUGUUGGAGCAGAGGUUGAUCCGGAGAAGUUGUUGGAGUUUUUUUCGAGGUUUGGUGAGGUUGAGGAAGGUCCUUUGGGUUUAGAUAAGUUUACUGGGAGACCUAAAGGGUUUUGUCUUUUUGUUUAUAAGUCUGCUGAGAGUGCUAAAAAGGCUUUACAGGAGCCGCAUAAGUCUUUUGAGGGGAGUGUUUUGCAUUGUCAGAAGGCGAUUGAUGGUCCUAAACAGGGGAAGCAGCAACAGUUUAGUUCUCAUAAUCAUAGCAAUCCUCUUUAUGGUGCACCUGGUGGUCAUGGACAUCUCAUGGCUGGUAACCAAGUAGGGAUGGACCCAGGCAUUGGACAGGCUUUGACUGCUUUGUUAGCGUCGCAGGGAGCUGGUUUGGCGUUUAACCCGGCAAUUGGUCAGGCUUUGUUGGGUUCACUGGGGACAGGGGUAGGAGUAUAUCCUGGAGUUGGAGCUGGGAUGCCAACUGGUUAUGGUAUUCAAGGUAUGACACCAGGGACUAUUCCUGGGUACGGUGCACAACCUGGGUUGGAAGGUGGCUAUCAGACUCCACAACCUGGUCAGGGCGGUAAAGGCAGAGGGCAACAUGGUGUGGGGCAAUACUCUCCUUACAUGGGUCACCACUAGAUGUAUCGUGUAUCCACUCAGAUAUCCAAAAAAGUGUUUUAAUAUUGGCUUGGUGAUUCUUCUGAAGUUUAUAAGGAGCUGA